CUGAGAAUGUGCCAGGCUCAUCCGGAGUCCAGGUAUCGUCCACACCAUCCCUGCCAGCAGAGCCUGAUGCUGCCCUCAGUGGGGCCAAGAGGCUCACACCCAGAGACCUGCCCCACCUCUUGCUGUGGCAGGGCCAUGGGGCCCCGGAGCCACCAUCUCAGCCUAAGCUUCUCUGUCUCCGGCCUGGGCUUUCUGCUCCUGCUCUCGCUGCUUCCAGAAUGCUUGGGAGCUGAGGGCAGACUGGCUCACAAGCUGUUCCGUGACCUCUUCGCCAACUACACAAGUGCCCUGAGACCUGUGGCAGACACAGACCAGGCUCUGAACGUGACCCUGGAGGUGACAUUGUCCCAGAUCAUUGAUAUGGAUGAGCGGAACCAGGUGCUGACCCUGUACCUGUGGAUUCGACAGGAGUGGACAGAUGCCUACCUACGAUGGGACCCCGAUGCCUAUGGUGGCCUGGAUGCUAUCCGCAUCCCCAGCAGUCUCGUGUGGCGUCCAGACAUCGUACUCUAUAACAAGGCUGAUGCACAGCCGCCGGCCUCGGCCAGCACCAACGUGGUUCUGCGGCACGACGGCGCCGUGCGCUGGGACGCGCCGGCCAUCACGCGCAGCUCAUGCCGCGUGGACGUGUCGGCCUUCCCGUUCGACGCGCAGCGCUGCGGCCUGACGUUCGGCUCGUGGACGCACGGCGGGCACCAGUUGGACGUGCGGCCACGCGGUACCGCCGCCAGCCUGGCCGACUUCGUGGAGAACGUGGAGUGGCACGUGCUGGGCAUGCCGGCACGGCGGCGCGUGCUCACCUACGGCUGCUGCUCAGAGCCCUACCCAGACGUGACCUUCACGCUGCUGCUGCGCCGCCGCGCCGCCGCCUACGUGUGCAACCUGCUGCUGCCCUGCGUGCUCAUCUCGCUGCUCGCGCCGCUCGCCUUCCACCUGCCCGCCGACUCGGGCGAGAAGGUGUCGCUCGGCGUCACCGUGCUGCUGGCGCUCACCGUCUUCCAGCUGCUCCUGGCCGAGAGCAUGCCACCGGCCGAGAGCGUGCCGCUCAUCGGGAAGUACUACAUGGCCACCAUGACCAUGGUCACAUUCUCCACAGCGCUCACCAUCCUUAUCAUGAACCUGCAUUACUGUGGUCCCAGUGCCCGACCAGUGCCAGCCUGGGCUCGGGCCCUCCUCCUGGGACGCCUGGCACGGGGCUUGUGCGUGCGGGAACGAGGGGAGCCCUGUGGGCAGUCUAGACCACCUGAGUCACCCCCCAGUCCCCAGCCUUCUGAUGAAGGGGUUCACCCUCCAGCAGUUCCUUGCCAUGAGCCACGGUGUCUGUGCCAUCAAGAAGCCUUGCUGCAUCACGUAGCUACCAUUGCUAACACCUUCCACAGCCACCGGGCUGCCCAGCGCCGCCAUGAGGACUGGAAGCGGCUGGCCCGUGUGAUGGAUCGCUUCUUCCUGGGGAUCUUCUUCUCCAUGGCCCUGGUCAUGAGCCUCCUGGUGCUGGUGCAGGCCCUGUGAGUCCCAGGGGUCUGAU